UGUCCUGAGAAGAGGCAAAGAAAACCAUUUGAAUGAUGUGGGAAGAUGCAUUCUGUUAGAACUUAAAGAUGGAAUUGGGAAAAGGUAAAUUGCUAAGAACUGGCCUCAAUGCCUUAUACCAGGCCAUCCACCCUGUGCAUGGGAUUGCCUGGACAGAUGGAAAGCAAGUGAUACUGACUUCUUUAUACCUACAUAAUGGAGAACCUAAAUUCGGCAACUCCAAUGUUGUUGGUCAGUUUGAACAUGUGCUUGGACUCUACUGGGGUCCAUCAUGCACUCCAGAUGUUCCUGCACUCCUUGCUAUUCAGCAUAAAAAACACAUCACCAUGUGGCAACUCUGUUACAGCAUUUCUGAAAGAAACAAACUGAUGGUUUAUCAAAUCAGUGAAAUUAGUGAGCUGUUCCCUAUACUUCCUCAGGGCUGCGUCUGGCAUCCCAAAAAAGAAAUCCUGGCUGUGCUUACGACAAGGGACACUUCUGUAUUGCACUCUGUUCGUCUGAACAACUCCCGGAUAAAGGCUGAUAUUAAAGGCACUGGUCUCAUCCACUGUGCUUGCUGGACGGAGGAAGGUGACCGUUUGGUGGUUGGGAUAGGCAGUGCCCUCCAUUCCUAUAUUUGGGAUGAUGAACAGAAAACUUUAAAUGCGUGCUCUUUUUGUCCAGUCUUUGAUGUGGGAGGCUACAUCUGUGCAAUCGAAGCCACGCUGAGUUCUCAAGUGGCUGUUGCUACUGAGCUUCCCCUAGAUAAGAUAUGUAGCUUGAAUGCAGGCAUUUCAUUUGAAAUCCCAGCGGAGGUUGUUGGAAACUCAGUUCCCUCACAGACUACCUCAUUGAGCUGUGAAGAAGAGCACUCCGUUGAUGGUGGAAAAAAACUGGUAGACCAAGACAAAUCUAGGCCGGUCGUGAAUUCAGCAUCUUCACCUGUGGAUCUGACCCGUCUCCCUUCUAGCAAACAGCAAUCAGAUAACACUCCUCUUAUUCAUCUAAAACCCAAGGAUUACCUAACCGGAAGUGGCCAAGAUGCUUCACACCUGAUCUUGGUUAGUUUUGAAAGAAAAGUGACUGCUACCAAAAAGGUCAGUGUCCCUGGCAUUCUGGUCCCAGAUAUAAUGACUUUUGACUCUAAAACACAGACUGUGGCUGUGGCCUCCAAUACUUGUCAUAUAAUCUUAGUUUACUCUUUAACUUCAUCUCACUUGCCUAACAUUCAACAGAUUCAACUGGAAAAAAGUGAGAGGCCAAAAGGACUUUGCUUCCUGACAGAGAAACUGUUACUAAUAUUGGUUGGGAAACAGAAAUUAACAGACCCUGCUUUUCUUCCCUCUUCACGCUCAGACAAGUACCUUCUUCGUUUAGUGAUCAAAGAAGUUGUAGGCAAAGAAGGUUCUUCUGCACUUUCUGGAGCAUCCCAGGUGUGCUUUGCAAAUGUCCCGGCGAAAAGAGAGCCCACUGAAUCACAUUAUUCAGAUGCUGCCCUGCUGAGUGAUGGAUUGCUGCUCCCAGGUUGUCCUAUUAUUCAGUCUCCUCAAAAUGGAAGAAAACUCAUAGAAGAAAUCAAGAGCCCUGCUACUGAGCAAAGCCUGUUGAUGAGUGUGGUAGAUUCUAAAGAAAAAAAGAUUUCUAAAGAUUUCUCCCAGGUCCUGGAAUCAUUGAAUGUUGAGCCAGCAAAUCAAUCACUGGUUCUUCAAGGACUUGAAACCAUUUCAGGAUUGUCAAAUGUGUCUGUUUUGCCAAACAAGGAAGUGCAGAGUUCCCAUGAGACUUCAAAUUCAUCAAAAAGUAACUUACUGCGAAGUGAAAAAGAGGCCAGUUACAUUUCUAAAAAUCUAGAAAGACUGUGCAGCAGCUUUACAGAACUGCAACAGCAGCUUUUUGAACUGACAGAACUGCUGAGGUCUGGGAAAAAAACUCUGUCACGAUACCCAUCCUCUCAUGAACCUCCUUUUGUGAUCAUUUACCAGAAGGAGUCUUCUGGAACAGUAACACCUGAGAAACGAGCUGUUGUCCUGUGUGAUGGGAAGCUUCGUCUAAGUAUAAUCCAGCAGAUUUUCAAUGUGGGUCUUGUUGAAAUGCAGCAUG